CCGAAAUCGCGCGCCGAAUGUCUGCAAAUGAGGCAGCAAUGUCCAUAGCCAUGCCGAUCGUCGGUCUGAUAGCUUGGUGCGUGCUGAUUGAUUCAUGUUUCGGCUUCCAGCAUGCCCUCAGGAGGCCGUUGCUGCCUGUGAGGGGCAGUCAGUCGCGAUGCAGUGCCGUGCGGAUGCAGGAACAAGCCACAAAGCCGACGGAAGAGGUGGGUGAGGCAAAACACAGGAGGAUCUGAGCACAAAUUCCACCCGUUGCCCUGCGAAUGCGUGUGUGUGUCAGGUGGAGGCACCGCUCGUGGGCUUGCCUGAGGGUGGGUUUCUGUCGGUAGAUCUCCGACUGGUGGCUUUACAGCCUGACACUGUGAGAGAACUCCUAAGACGGUCAGUGCCAGUGCACGAACACGAUGGAGCAUUCAGCACACGUGUGCACAUCUGCAGGCGCGGCGAGAGCGAUGACAGCGAUGCCAUGCAAAGCGUCGACGAGAUAGGCGGUGAGUGAACGAGUAGGGGGGUGAGAGAGGGAUUGGGGCCCUACAGAUGGGGUCGCUUGCCUCUGCGUGUGGUGUGUGCAGCCUUGUCCGUUGAUCGUUCGCGCCUGAUCAGCGAGGGUGACGCUGCCCGCAGCGAGAGGAACACACUCAGCCAAGAGAUCGGCAGCCUCUACAGACAAGGUACUGCACGUGCCAUCCAUACCGCACCUCCACCCACAUGUGCGCAUCCAUGGGAGUACAUGCCGUACCGUGCCGUGCCGUGUUGUGUGUGCAGGCAAGGCCGAUGAGGCCGAAAGCAUAAAAGCCCAGGUCGAGUCAGCAACGGAGAGGGCGGCAGCGGCCGAUGCAGAACUGUCACGAGUUGAUGCUGAGAUCCAGACCAUGCUCCUCAGUCUGCCCAACGCACUCGAUGAACUGGUAGGCAGGCAUAUACACCUCUCUUGUCACACAGAGGCACGUGUUCCGUUCCCUGUGUAUGUGUGUUGUGUAGGUGCCCGAGGGCGCUGACGAGAGUGACAACGAAGUGGUGACCGAAUGGACACCGGACGAUCCGAGAGUGAAGGACAAGGUGAGACGCCGCUCCACAUUCGAUCCAUCCGAAUGUGCUCGGGCAUCCAUGCGCCCACGCAGAUGGUUGGUGACGGCGAGUACAUGUGGCACGAUGAGAUCGCCGCCAGGCUGGGCUGCUGGAAGGCCGACCAGGCCGCACAACUCAGCGGUAUGUCAUGUCGAUACAUACGUCCGCUGCCACACAUGUCUACUUCAUAUAUAUGUGUGUAUGUGCUGUCUGUCUGUCUGUGUGCAGGGAGUCGCUUUGCUGUGUACAGUGGCGGCAUCGCGCGGAUGGAGAGGGCACUAGGUGCGUGCGUAUGCGGACACCUCAUAGGUGUAGGUGUGUGUAUGUUAUGUGUGUCAUGGACGCUUCUAUGCAUCCGAUGCCAUCCGUGCAGGUCAGUUAAUGAUGGACGUCCACACACAGGAGCAUGGCUAUGAGGUGAGAUGCGUGCGGUGCGCAAGGAAAACGAAACAUAGAUACAUACAUACAUGGAUGAUCGAAUGCAUAUCGACGACCGAUGGAUUGGACACACAUACGUACAGUACACAUGUUGUUGGUGUGUCUGUCUGUCUGUCUGCAGGAGCACGUGGUGCCCUAUUUGGUGUCCGAGGAAUGUCUCGUCGGCACGGUGCGGUGGGUCAGUGGGAGGCGUGCAGUGCACACACGCAUAGAUACCUACAUCUGUACGUGUGUGUGUGCACCACACAUGGAUUGGAUGCAGGGGCAGCUGCCGAAAUUCACCGAAGGUGCGGAAGGGAUGGGUGGCUUGGAGGGGUGGCUGCCUGCCUGUGUGUCGUGGCGAGGGGUAUGCUGUGCUGUGCUGCCGAUGCGAUGCGAUGCAGACCUGUUUACUCUAGACGAGAGGCAUUCUCUCAAUGGCCAACGCGGGUAUCUGAUUCCCACAGCAGAAGUGCCGCUCACAAACGUACACAGGUGGGUGGGAAGGAUAUAUGCACAGAUGCACACACACGGAUGCAUGACGUGACGCACAAGUAAGUCUUUUUGUGCAUCUCCAUGUGUGCAGGGAGAGCAUACUGGAUGAGAGCGAUCUGCCCAAGAGCUAUGUGGCACUCACACCUUGCUUCAGGUAGGUACUCACCCACACGCACACACACACGCACACACGUGUCUGCCCGUCUGUCUGUCUGGCUGUGUGGUGUGCAGGGCCGAGGCUGGUUCGUACGGCAAGGACACCAAGGGUCUCUUCAGGCAACACGUCUUCCACAAAGUGGAGCUCGUCAAGAUAUGCACACCCGACACGUCACGGCAGCAGCACGAAGCCAUGACCCGACACGCAGAACACAUACUGAGGUAUAGUAUACACUCACACUCACAGCAGCAUUCAUUCUACGACGCCACGCGCAUGUGUGUGUGUCUGCUCUGCCCUGCGUGUGUGCAGGCUGCUGGGUCUGCCAUACCGAAAGGUGAGGUUGUGUGGUGGCGACAUCGGUUUCAGCGCCGCCCACUGCUAUGACUUGGAGGUAAGUCAGUCGCUUAAAGAGAGAAGGGCCAGCAUUCACGCUUGUGAGACACAUACCUUUGAGCUUCAAUUCCUCCUUCCCUCCCUCUCCCUGCUUGCCUUGCGUCCGUACAAACAAACAGGUGUGGCUCCCAAGUCAGCAACGCUAUCGUGAGAUCAGCUCGAUAUCAAACUGGUCGGUGGGCACUCACAUGACAUGCGCCGCCAUGAAAGCACUCGUGAGUGUGUGCGUGUGUGUGUGUGUGUGUGUCAAUCCAUCCAUCAGCUGGGAUUUCCAGGCGCGAAGGAUGGCUCUUCGGUAUCGGCCAAAGGCACCAGAGGGCGGCAAGAAGAAGAAGACCAAACCGACACUCUGCCACACCAUCAACGGAUCAGGUCAGUCAGUGAGCACAACAAAGACCCCCCUGGUGUAUCCAUCCCGUCCGUGGGCAUCUGUUGUGAUUUGUGACUGCCUGCCUGCCUGCCUGCAGGGGUGGCGGUGGGAAGGUGUUUGAUUGCCGUGCUUGAGAACUUCCAGCGCAUCGACGAGUCGACUGGGAAGUUAGUCGUCGACAUCCCUGAGGCGCUGCAAGUGUACAUGAAGGGGAAGGUGUCUCUUGUGGAAUGAAUGAAUGAUCCGUGCCAUCGAUGGAUGCCUUUGGGGUGGUGGCUAUGCC